AUGACAGACGAGGCGGGGUGGGGAGAGCUGAGAAGCACGAAAUGCACUGAUGAACUGUUGGGAAGGCUGAAGGAGGUAAAUUCGUUUCCCGCUAGUGGCUCACUGGUCCUGAGGUUUUGCUCUGAAGGAAGAAUGUACUGCAGGAGUGUGUGCUGUAACCGCUGGUCAUCUGAGGAGAGGUUAGAUGGGAAAACAGUCAUCAUCACUGGAGCCAACACUGGCAUUGGAAAAGAAACAGCCAGGGACCUGGCAAGAAGAGGUGCGCGCAUCGUCAUGGCAUGCAGAGACCUGGAGAGGGCAGAGGAGGCGCGGGCGGAGAUCUUGGAAGACACGGGAAACGAGAAUGUGAUCAUCAGGAAGCUGGAUCUAUCGGACACCAAGUCCAUCAGAGCGUUUGCUGAGCUUAUCAACAGAGAAGAGAAACAAGUGAAUAUCCUGAUAAAUAAUGCAGGGAUCAUGAUGUGUCCCUACUCCAAGACUGUAGACGGGUUUGAAAUGCAGUUAGGGGUCAAUCAUCUGGGCUGA